AAAUAGUAGCUUAAAAAAAAAAAAAAAACUACCGCCGCCCACAAGUGUGCUAUCGAACGUUUUAAAAUUGUCACUGCAUCGUAAGACAAUGGUCUAUGAUAUGAAUCAGAUGAUGCCACCCUCUCAGAAUAUAGCUGUGGGUCGUUAUUAUUUACAAGAUCUUAACAAUGUCGAGAAUCAAGACUAUGCAGCCUUCGAUGUCGAUAAACGGUAUCAGGCUCGUAUGGCAUGUGAGACACCACCGCAGCAGAUAAGACCACUGCCGCCACCAACACCAGCGCCUCGUCGACGCACCACGCCAAUAACUCAUUUAGAUCCGGCCGAAUUGGUUGGCUUGUCGCGCGAAGAGAGACGUCGGCGCCGGCGUGCAACCUUGAAAUAUCGUACCGCUCAUGCUACUCGAGAACGUAUACGUGUCGAAGCCUUCAACGUUUCAUUCGCCGAGCUACGCAAAUUGUUACCGACUUUACCACCCGACAAAAAAUUAUCGAAAAUUGAAAUUCUGAAAUUGGCUAUUUGCUAUAUAGCCUACUUAAACCAUAUAUUGGAGACGCCAUAAAGAAGAAGAAGAAGAAGACGAAGAAACUAUGAAGACAUUAUUAUAGAAACCUUUCU